GGGAGGCGGUCAACUAUCCAGCUCACUUCAGUCUUUCCACUGCACUUCCCGAGGGUGGUAUUCAUCAUGUUGCCUGGUGUGAUGUUGCUGAUAGAGUUGGUCAUCAUGACAGAUGCCAACCACGGGAUAAUGUGGCAUCCAAGACAGGUCUCACCUGAAUCUCCGACCACCGGAAGUUCCGCCACUUUAAACGUUUAUAGUGAGAUCAACUGUGCUAUGAAGGCAGCUGAGACGGAAUGGUCGCAUAUGUAUACUUACAAGGACAACACUUGUACCCUCUACAAGGACGAGUCCAACCUGGGUGACGCAACUAUCCCCUGCAAAACCCGAAACGAGCCGAUGUGCAGUGCUCCCUUUAAGGAGGUGGGCGGGCUGUACUGUGUGUACGCCAACACCACUCGACUCUCCUGGAUUGAUGCCCGCCUCUUCUGCAGCACUCUCGGGCAUGGAGCUGACUUACUCGUAACCCAAAGCUUCAGUGCUUUACAAAUUUAUCUUCAGCCUUACAGUUACGAUGAAGUGUGGAUGGGUGUAAGGUACAGGAGGUGGUUGGACGGGAAAAGUGUAGAUUCCGAUCAUUGGAAGAGUGGCCAACCCGACGGGGAAAUGCCCUUAUGUGGUCGGAUGGUGUAUGAUAAUGCUUACAGCAGCCAUCUUCUUCAUGAAACUCUCUGCAGUGAGCCCCACACCUUUCUUUGUCAGCAUAAUGGCAAUAAGAAGGGGUGGAGACGGUGGUGAGUGGGAGGUAGUGGGUUGUGGUAGUAAUGGUGGUGAGUGGGUGAUAGUGGAUUGUGGUGGUAAUAGUGGUGAGUGGGUUGUAGUGGGCUGUGAGUGGAUGAUAGUGGGUUGUAGGUGGGUGAUAGUAGGUUGUGAUGCUAACGGUGGUGAUUGAGAGGUAGUAGGUUGUGGUAGUAAUGGUGGUGAGUGGGUGAUAGUGGGUUGUGGUGGUAGUGGGCUGUGAGUGGGUGAAAGUGGGAUGUGGUGGUUGGUAAAGGUGGUGAGUGGGUAGUAGUAGUAGGUUGUAAGUGGCUGGUAGCGGUGAUACUGAAGCUGAUAGUGGUGAUCGUGAAGGUGAUGGUGGUGAUACUGAAAGUGAUGGUGA